GUGUACUCAUCACGUGCCUAGUAGUCCGUGCCGUCCAUAUAGAGAUCGCCCACACGCUUAAUAGCAGUUCCUGUAUCAUGGCGUUGCGGAACUUCAUGGCCAGGCGUGGAACGCCUUUAGAACUAUUCAGUGAUCGUGGAACUAAUUUCGUUGGAGCAAAUCGUGAACUGACCGAAGCAAUUCGCUCUCUAGAUCAGGAGAAGCUCAUGCAAGAGCUCGAAACCCCAGAUACCAAGUGGACGUUCUUGCCACCGAGUAGCCCACACAUGGGUGGAAGUUGGGAAAGAUUGGUGCAGUCUGUUAAGAAAGUACUGAAUAAUAUGAAGCUUCCAAGAUUGCCAACCGACGAAGUUCUCAGGAACAGCCUCAUGGAGGUGGAGAAUAUCCUAAAUUCGCGACCCUUAACUUACGUACCCAUCGAGGAUGUCGAACAUGAAGCCAUCACACCCAACCACUUUUUGUUAGGUUCAUCCAGUGGUUCCAAACCAUUACUACCCUACGACGAAAGCCUCGCUACGCUAUCGAACUCUUGGAAAACAUCACAAACUCACGCGAAUUUGUUCUGGAAGAGAUGGUUACGAGAGUAUUUGCCGUCGAUAAAUCGCCGCACAAAAUGGCAUUACCCAGCUAAACCAAUCCAGAUUGGUGAUGUUGUCGUCAUUGUCGAUCCAGAUCUGCCAAGAAACACGUGGCCCAAAGGACGUGUUGUGGACGUCAAGCUGAAGGAUGGACAAGUUCGUAGUGCAACAGUGAGGACAACAGCGAACAUUUUCGAACGCCCAGCAGUCAAGCUGGCGGUUCUAGACGUCGGCGCAACAGCGAAUACACAGGAACCCGGAGCCUGUGUACUGGGGGGGAGUGUUACGCAACAUGCGAACGCGCCUCCGUUAUCAAUUUACCCUCAACGAGGUCAGCCGCCCCAGCUGCAAGCGGGACAGCGGGUAACUGACAAGUCAGUGGUAAACAAACAAAAAAAAGGAUAGCGACGACGAAGAAAGAUAUCGAGAUUAAAAAAGUGGUUUGAGAUAGUCAUUAAAGCGAAAUUAAAUUGAAACUCUAAUAGCUAGAAGUACGGUUUAGGAUUGUUUUAAGGUUGCUUAUAUAUAGUAGUACGGAGUGGAUUAACAGCUAAAAGUACGGUGCUGAAUUCUUAUAAUUAAUAGUACGGUUGAGUUUAUUAAAGGCUAGAGGACUGUUACAGCUAGUUCGUGCUAUUGAAGCA